UAUUUGCGUCUUCCUUUUUAAUUAAUUUUCUUUUUUUUUUAAUCUAAAAAUGGGAGAAAGAGAGAGAAAUUGAAAGCCUGGAUGCAAAUGGAAGAAUCUUGUUUGAAUGAUUUUUUUGGUGUCUCAAACCCAGGCGUAGUAUUUUUUUAAUCUGUUUUAUGUAGUUUAUUAGUGUUUUGAUCGCAAGAAAUGAGCAAAGAGAUUGUAAAAGAAGAAGCGCCAUCGUCGUCCUCCGGUGUCGUUCCGGCGGAAAGCCAUCCUUUUGGUAGCCUGAGAGGCGUUCAAUGGCGUAUCAAUCUAGGGAUUCUACCUCCUUCUUCUUCAAUUGAUGAUCUUCGUAGGGUAACUGCUGAUUUUCGCAGAAGAUAUGCUGGUUUGAGAAGGCAACUGUUAGUGGAUCCACAUGUUCCCAAGGAUGGAGCAACCAAUUCCCUUGAUCUUGUUAUGGAUAAUCCACUUUCACAAAACCCAGACAGCACCUGGAGUCAAUACUUUCGGAAUGCUGAGCUGGAGAAAAUGGUUAACCAGGAUUUAUCACGAUUAUAUCCGGAGCAUGAAAGCUACUUCCAGACUCCUGGAUGCCAGGGUAUGUUGAGGCGCAUACUAUUGCUGUGGUGUCUUCGACACCCGGACUGUGGUUACAGACAAGGAAUGCAUGAACUCUUGGCUCCUCUUUUGUAUGUUCUUCAUGUUGAUGUCGAGCGACUCUUGGAAGUGCGGAAGCUAUAUGAAGACCUCUUCAUUGACAAAUUCGAUGGAUUUUCAUUUGAAGAAAAUGGUGUCGCUUACAAUUUUGAUUUUAAGAAGUUCGCAGAUUCCGUGGAAGAUGAGAUUGAAUCUCAGGGCAAUUCAAAGAAAGUUAUGAGUCUUUAUGAGCUUGAUCCUGAGUUACAGGCGGUUGUAUUGCUAAGUGAUGCUUACGGAGCUGAAGGUGAACUCGGUAUUGUCUUGUCUGAGAAAUUUAUGGAACAUGAUGCCUACUGUAUGUUUGAUGCUCUGAUGAUUGGGGCACAUGGUUCAGUUGCUAUGGCAGAUUUUUUUGCUUCAUCUCCUGCAGCCGAGUCACAGAGUGGUGUGCCCCCUGUCAUUGAAGCCUCAGCUGCACUGUAUCAUUUACUAUCUAUAGUCGAUUCAUCUCUGCAUAGCCAUCUUGUUGAGCUUGGUGUUGAACCCCAGUAUUUUGCACUUCGCUGGUUGCGGGUUUUAUUUGGACGGGAGUUUUCACUUCAAGAUCUCUUAGUUGUAUGGGAUAAGAUUUUCUCAGAAGAUAAUAGCCCACUUGAUGAAAUUUCUGACGAUGGUGAGCAUUUCAGUUUUAAACUACUCGGUUCACGCCGUGGAACAUUAAUUGCUGCUAUGGCGGUCUCUAUGAUACUUUAUCUUAGAUCAUCCUUGCUUGCUACUGAAACUGCGACUUCUUGUCUUCAGAGACUCUUGAAUUUUCCUGAGAGUAUAAAUCUGAAAAAACUGAUAGCGAAGGCCGAGUCACUGCAGACUCUUGCGUUGGAUUCUAACAGAUCAUCAUUGCCAUCUACAUUUGUUGGGGCUUAUAACUGCAGCAAAUCUCCAAUAAAUGCUCACAAUGUUUCAUCCGAUUUAGUUUGUCCGAAAACUACUCUAAACCUGGUGCCGGACAGCUACUGGGAAGAAAAGUGGAGAGUACUGCAUAAGGCAGAGGAACAAAGGCAAAAUAGUUCGGAAAAGAAAACUUCGAGUGGGAAAAAGAAAUGGUCUGAAAGAGUAAAGUUUCGCCUAUCUAGAACUGAAUCUGAACCAUUGCCUGCAAUAAGAGAGAAAUGCAAACUGGAACAUACCUUAUCUGUUAGGCGUAGUUUGCUUGAAGAUUUGUCUAAGCAACUUGGCUUGGAGGAAGAUGUGGAAACGGGAGCUUGUGUCGAGGUUUCUAAUUCAGUGGAUCAUCAUCCUGCUGAAGUUCACAGGGAUGGACAAAAUUGUGCCAAUAAAGGUUCAAUUUGCACGGUAGAGGAUAGAUGUGAUGAUGGAAGUGGAGCUGUUGUCAGUGAAGACAACUCGUCUAUUUUUUCCGAACCACCAAGUCCUCCUAGUUCUGUCAUUAAUGACCAUGACCAUGAAAAUGACACAGAAAAAAGCAGUGUUGCAUCAAAUUUAUCCGCUGAUGAUAAUUAUGUUCACCAGCGGAGUAUCCCAGAAGAUUUACCUCAGCCGGUUUCCCUUCCUCCUGAAGAUGUUUAUCUAAAUUCUCCGCAUGAGAAUGGAUCUUCAGGGAAGAUGGUCUCGGCUAUGAAGGAGAAAAGGCAGCUUUCAGGUAAAUUCCAAUGGUUACAUAAGUUUAGAGGAAGCAUUGUCAGUGAGGAGACAUCUGAUAAACGAGGAGGUAUGAGUGAAGCCGCAAAUUCUCCAAAUCACGAUAGUAAGAGAAAUACGGUAGACUCAUUUACCGCCGGUGCCUCUUCUAAUUCACAUCCCACCAACAAAGGCGAUGCUAUGGACCAGAAUAUGAUGGACACACUGAAGCAUCUCGGGCAGGCUAUGCUCGACCACAUCCAGGUUGUGGAGUCAGUUUUCCAGCAAGAUCAGGGUCAAGGUGGAUCAUUAGACAACUUAUCUAAAAACAUUGGCAAAGGACAAGUUACAGCCAUUACAGCUCUCAAGGAGCUUAGGAAGAUCAGCAAUCUUUUGUCAGAAAUGUGAGAUUUUUGUUUCUCUCUUCUCAUUUUUAAUGUAAACCUGUAUAUACUAAUUGUAAUUACCAUUUUUUUUGCUAAUAAAAUGAGUUUUGUUGGUUUCUUA